CUCCGGUGCACUGUGGGAUGGAAACCCGAGCGGCGCGUCUAGGCCGGACCUGGCGGCUGCGGCGGGGCCGGCGGCGGCCGGGCAGCGGGGCUUAGUGUCGGCGACCGGCGAGACGCGGGCGGCGCCGCCAUGAACGCGGCGGUGGUGAAGCGGACGCAGGAGGCUCUGGGGAAGGUGAUUCGGAGGCCGCCGCUGACGGAGAAGCUGCUGAACAAGCCCCCGUUCCGCUACCUGCACGACAUCAUCACGGAGGUGAUCAGGAUGACUGGUUUCAUGAAGGGCCUCUACACAGACGCCGAGAUGAAGUCCGAUAACGUUAAGGACAAAGACGCCAAAAUUAGCUUCCUUCAGAAGGCCAUAGACGUGGUGGUCAUGGUCUCCGGAGAGCCACUGUUGGCAAAACCGGCUCGGAUCGUGGCUGGGCACGAGCCUGAAAGGACCAACGAGCUGCUCCAGAGAAUCGGAAACUGCUGUCUCAGCAAGCUCUCCAGCGACGAUGCGGUGAAGAGAGUGUUAGCCGGAGAGAAGGCGGAAACAAAAGGAAGGUCCUCACUGACGUCGAAACCUCAAGAACUGGACAAUAAGAACGCGAGGGAGGACGCGUCCAGGGUUUGUAAAGAUAAAGAGGAUAGAAGAAACUCUGAAAUAAACGAGAGAAAUACAAGCGGAGGUCGAAAACAGAAAGAGGAAUUAAAGGAAGAAAGCAAACCAAGAGAAAAGGAAAGGGACAAGGAAAAGGCCAAGGAGAAUGACCGAGACAGACACAAAGAUCCCGAGAGAGACAAGUACCACGAAGGGGGGAGAGAGCGGGCCAAGAACAGGGCCCGGCUGGAGAGGGACAGGGACAAGGACGCAGAGCGGGAGAGGGAGCGGAAGAACGAGGGUGGAAAGGAGAAGGAGAAGUGGAAAGACCGGGAGAGAGAGCGCGAGCGAGACAAGGGCCGGGAGCGGGAGCGGCAGAGGGCGCGGAACGGGGAGCACCCCAGGGACCCCGAAAGGGAAGAGAGCCACGAGCGUGAGAAGCCGGGGAGAAAGUCCUCAACCUCAGGAGAGAUGUCUAAAAAGUCGUCAGAUGGAUCUUUCAAAGACUCCAAAGCUGAAACAGAGACUGAGAUUUCCACUAGAGCAUCCAGGUCAGUGACAGCAAAGACACCAAAACGGCGAUCCAAAGAUUCAGAGGAAGGAAGGAGGGAUUCUAGAACCAGUGAAAAUAAUCUCUCCCCUGAAAAAGAACGUAACUCUUCCUGCAGUAAAGCUAAGAAGGAACACACCGGGAAACAGCUCGGAAGAAAGGAGGAUGAUGUUUCAGCUAAAAUUUUAGACCCCAUAGUGUCUGGAUUAAAUAAUGAACCAGAUCAGGAAACUACAACUUCAGAAAUGGAUGUAGUCAGCACCUCCGUGCAGCUGAACUUUGCACAGAGGCCUGGCAGAACAGCAAGCUGCUUGUGCAGUCCUGUGGGCUCUGCGCUGCUUGGAACAAAGGAAGCUAAUCCUAACUCAGCUAGUGUUUCAGAUGCUAAUUCAUCUAGUCUGCAGCAAGAAAGUGCUGAGCCAGAACCAGCAGUAAAGCAGAAAGGAGCCGAUGGAGAAACACUCGCUGCUGAGUUAUGCAAGAUGGACUCUUGUUUGCUUCCAUCCAGAGCCUUGAAACUGCCCCCAGGUGAUUCUCCUAGUGAUGCAGAAGGAGACGUUGGACCUUCUGGCCAGGAGAAGUGUGAGGUGCCAGAGAAUUCCGAGCUGCCAGGCGAGCUCCCAGCCGCCGUCAGGAGGAUACCUCGGCCCGGGAGCGCACGGCCCGCGCCUCCCCGGGUCAGGCGGCAGGAGAGUGCGGAGGUGCUGACGACGGACAGGACAGGAAGUGGUAAAGCCAUCUCAAAUGUGAUCGUAGAGUCACAGAAUUCUGACAAUGAGGACGCCGAUGAGUUUGUGGUGGAAGCCGCCCCCCAGCUCUCUGAGAUGUCAGAGCUUGAAAUGGUACAAGCGGUGGAAUUAGAAGAUGAGAAGCACGGAGGACUUGUCCAAAAAAUUUUGGAGACUAAGAAAGAUUAUGAGAAGUUGCAGCAGUCACCCAAACCUGGAGAGAAGGAGAAACUGCUCGUCUUUGAGUCGGCGUGGAAGAAGGAGAAGGACAUAGUCUCCAAGGAGAUAGAGAAGCUCCGUGGGUCCAUCCAGACCCUGUGCAGGAGCGCACUUCCCCUGGGCAAGAUCAUGGACUACAUCCAGGAGGACGUGGAUGCCAUGCAGAAGGAGUUGCAGCUGUGGUACAGCGAGAACCGGCAGCAUGCUGAAGCCCUGCAGAAGGAACAGAGCAUCACAGACUGUGCCCUGGAGCCCUUGGAGGCGGAGCUGGCGGAGCUGGAGCAGCUGGUCAGAGACCAGCAGGACAGGAUCUGCGCAGUGAAGGCCAGUAUUCUGACGAAUGAAGAGAAAAUUCAGAAAAUGGUACAUAGUAUCCAUUUGAGUUCCAGAAGUUGAAAGCUCAAACGUCUCAGAGACUAAAGGUCGUCUUCAGUUUGCACGUACAGAGGAGGCUAGAACAUCGUUACUCCUUAAAUUGCCAUUCGGAGACAAUGAACCGUUUACAAUGUUAUCCAACUAAUUUUCAGAGCUUUACAGCUUGAGGCAUAUUCAGUGUGUGAAAGACCAUGUGUUCCUACCUUCUUCCGCUAGAAUCCUUGCUAGUUAUAAAUAGCUCUUGCAAAUGCCUGUGUGAGAAGUUUCUCUACUAGGCUGUUCAGUUCGGUGCCAGGUUCUCCAGCAGGGAAGUGGUGCUGACACAGCCAGGGAUGCCGGCGUCCGUGAGUUCAGACUCUGAGUCUAGUGACAGGUCUUGCGUGAGUCAAGCACUGAGUGAAGGAUGGCUGUACAUUUUGAUAGGAGCUUCAUAAAUACAAUGAAGCCUGAAAAUGAAUGAAUUCUAUUUUUAGCUCAUUUCCACUUGCAAAGGAUGAAUUUCGGCCCAUAUCUUUAUAAGGUACGCGUGAACUUUAAUUUUUAACCUCUUUGUAAUUGCAUACACGUUAUGUACUUUUCUUACUGGUCCCUUUUAUCUUUUGCUUAUAUUUCCAGCCCUUAAAGUUCAUACAUUGAAAAAGGAGACUUGAGUAUGGCCUUCAUGGACGUCAUCUGGACAUGAGAUUGUCCCAGGCUGUAUCCUCACUUUCUUCAACAUUUUGCCCCUGGGUUUUUGCCCCGUGCACACUUGUGUCACUUGCCUCGUUCUCUCCAGAAGAGGGGCUUGCUCUCCAGGGCAUCGGCAUCAUGCCUUUUCCUUUGCACAGGUGUAAGCACCUGUGCACCUGAGAGACAGGUAGCUUAGGGAAAACUGCAAAAGGAAGACUUAAAAGGAUACAUGGAUUUGCAAAAUUUUUUAAUGUUAGCAUUUUUUUGGAAAUUGUUUUUUUAAAGCAAAAGUUUUUGUUUUUUGUUUUAAACAUGGUUUAUAUUUAGUUUUUCACUGCAUAUAAUAUUGUAGAUACUUACUAAAGUCUUCAAUUUGUAUAUAAAGAAUUUCACUGUUUGGAGACAUACUUACGGGUCUUAAGGUCUGGGUCCUGAUACUUUUAUUUCUAGACACUGUAUUUAUUAUGUAACCCAAGGAGGGCCAUUUACAGUGUUAGAAUUUGCCUGAGAAAGUUUUGUUUCUUUAAAAGACUAGCACAGGGCUUCCCUGGUUGAGAGUUUGCCUGCCGAUGCAGGGGACACGGGUUCGUGCCCCGGUCCGGGAAGAUCCCACAUGCCACGGAGCGGCUAGGCCCGUGAGCCAUGGCCGCUGAGCCUGCGCGUCCGGAGCCUGUGCUCCGCAAUGGGAGAGGCCACAACAGUGUGAGGCCCGCGUACCGCAAAAAAACAAAACAAAACAAAACAAAAGACUAGCACAAAUGGCAUGGUUAAGUUUUUCUUAGUGUAAUUUCCAAAAUAAAUCUGUUACAAAGGUAGUUCUGUGAUUUUCGAAGCUGAGUAAGUUCAAGGUCAGAUUAUUAAGUGCCGUCGUGAAACAUUGGUCUUCUUCUCCUUUCUGUAGUUUACCAUAAAAUUCAGUUUGGCGAGGCUCCACUAAUGCAGCACUGGCGGCGGGGAGGUGUGUCAGUCCCCAGCCCUUCACAUGCUCAUAGUCUCUUUUCCACUGACUUGAAUGGCAGCCACCAUCCUAAAGGGACCCUGUUUUGCUUCAAGUGAAGGUGUCUACCUUUAAUGAAUUUGUACAUAAGACUAGAGAUUUUGUGUUGCAAAAAAUUGCAUACAUUGUAUGUGAGUAAAAUUUCGUAUGAAGUAGUCUCUCAAAUUGUAUCAUAAAAUUUAUUUUUCUUUUAUACAUAAAUCAUUAAAAAUAAUCAGAUAUUUUUUCUAUCAGUGUAUGGGUUGUGCAGUUCAGUUCACACCUGGAAAAAAGCAUUUGUAAGCAUUUGGAUUUUUUUUUAGUUUUCAAAUGUGUGCAGUUUGUUUUUCUUUGAAGAAAGUUCAGGGAAAUUUAUAUUUUCACUUUUUGUGACACCCCUUUUCUGUAUAAAUUGAAGUCUUAUAUAUGGCAGUUAAGCAUUUAUCAGAAAUUUUAAGACCAUUCAGGAAGUUUUAGAAAGUCUCUGCAUGUAGUUAUUACUGUAUCUUAGCACAAACGAAUUAAAUCCUGUUAUUAAUUAUUUUGAUAGAAUGCACAAAUGGGAUUAUUAAGUGUUUUUCU